AACUGAGCACACCUAAAACGCCGCCAUUUUCCUUGUUGUAGGUGCCUCAAAUGUCAUAAUAAUUUCAAUUUUCAUGUAAAAUAGGAUUUUCUUUGAUUUUUUAAGUUAUUCAGUAGGUUAAUUUAAGUGUUUUGCAAAGUAUUCAUGUGUUCAUAAGUUUUCAUUCUGGGUUUGUUCGUGUGCAUUAGUCUCGUGACAGAAGUUCAAGUUAGUCGUCAUUUCAAGGAUUCUCAAUGUCCUACAAUGAGGAUCAUCUUCAUAAAAGGUAGCAAAAGCGUUACGCCCACAGCGUGAAGAUAAAACCUAUGUUAUUGUGUUCAUAUGGUGAUGAGAACGCGAGGAGUGGUGAAAGUGCGCGUAUAUUGAUGGGACAAUGAGCGAUUCCCCAGGCGUGGAGUGGCUCCCUGCGUUUAGCCCUGGCCCGCCACGCCACAGUCCGCUAGGCCCUAUCCCGCGGUUUUUGUACGAAGAUGUGCAGCCGCUGGGUUUGCAGCAGGAGAACAAUAACAAAGAGGCCGACCAGAAAGAGAAUACGAAUAAAAUCAAACACGCGAAGCCCGCGUACAGUUAUGCUAGUAUGAUAAGGCUGGCUAUCAGCAGUUCCCCGAAUGGCAAGAUGACGCUGAACGAGAUCUACACAUACAUAUGCAAUGCCUUCCCUUAUUACAAAGAAGCUGGCAAAGGUUGGAUGAAUUCAAUACGGCAUAACUUAUCCCUAAACAAAUGCUUCAUGAAAGUGGCUCGCAGUAAAGACGAUCCAGGCAAGGGCUCCUAUUGGGCGAUGGACACCAGCUACAAAAUGGCGGAGGUCGCGCCUAGAAGACGCAGGAGUCUUAGGAUGGCCCCGUACAGCCCGGAGUGCAGCUCCAACAGUAGCGGCGAGGCGGGCGCGGGGCCGGCCGGGGCCGACGCCGCGCCCACGCCGCCCGCCACGCCCACCACGCCCACCACGCCCACCUCGCCCACCGUGCCCGGCGCCGUCAAGGAGGAACCUGUCGUCAAAGAGGAAUCAGAUUCGAAGCACACAGAUGACGCGCUGUCGGCACUGAUGAACGAGGAGCUGAUGACUGACGUCGACAUAAGCAGCGACCGGUCGUGGUGUGACGGAGGACGGCGCCAUGUUUGCGGAGCGCUGCGCCACAGUUCGCUGACGGACGACUACGGGAACUUCGUCGUCACACGGUACGACUGCGACUGUCCCGCGGACCCCGAGCCCACUACUGUGGGGGCUGGGGCUGGGGUUGGAGCCGGGGUGGUGGGGCCCGAGAUAGCAGCGCCGCUGACCCCGCUGACCCCGCUGACGCCGCUGACCCCGGCGUACGUGCUGCCGUACUGGAACACGGAGAAUUUAUAACACAAGUCCCCUUGCGCGCCCCGCCCCUGACUCCGGUCCGCUGUCCUCCAUUCGGUUGCUCCGUGUCUUCAUAUCAUGUAUCUGUAUCAAUGUUUGUUUCGUGUCAAUUGUUCCCCGCGCUCUGUCACUCCUUCUAUAGCGUCCGUCUUGGCGUCGAUCGAGUAUACUUAACUAAACUUGUCUAGAGUAAGCUAAACGUAAGCCAGGUUAGAUGUAACGGAUUGCGCAAGAGUUUUGAUCAAGUUUAAAUGAUAUGUUACACACUAAUAUCUUAAUUAAUAUAGGAAAUAUUAUCUUUAUAUCGAAUUGUUUGUUACGUGAACUUGAUCAAAAUGUUUGCUUGUUUGGAUCGAAAGUUAGCUUGAUGAUAAAUAACUAGAGAUUAGUACAUGUGUUCGAGUGAAGCUUGCCAUUUUUGACACGUUUUGAACUUUAUAUACUUGACUGUGGUGAUGACUGGACUGGCAGAUGGCUUGAAAAGAAAUGGAAGAAUUGGUAAAAAGAACGAUGUGUAUUAGAGUAAAACUAAUCACGCCAAACAAUUAUACACUUUUUGAUGUAGUUUAUGUAAAAAAAACCAAGCUCUAUUAGCCAAAAUACACUGAAAGACUAGGAGAGUCUUGUAGUUGGCUAAAUAAAUGGAAAUAUAACAUUACAUUGUAAGGGAACUAUACAGCCUCCGUCGUUGCCACGUCGAUAGAAGAUAUACCGAAACUAAACACAUAGAUGUUACUUAUAAACGUUUUAUACAAGAAAGUGAUUCCAGAGAACAUACAGAUCAGCAACAUAUCUGUCGGGUUACGAUAUAUAGAGUAGUGUAGUUACCUUAGUCGAGGGACUUGUUGUAUUGUUAUAUAAGCGUUGUAUAGCGUUACGUGGCGGACACACGUCCUCUAGCACAGCAGGAAUGUUGAAUAUGCUAUCUUCCCAUCACAUCGUACAUAAAGAACAGUUCAAUCGUUCAAAAUAACAUUACAAACAAAUAUUGUACCUAAGUGUAUAUUGUACUUUGUCACAAUAGCUUUGUCCCAAUAUUAUUUUAUUUAUUUUUAGCCAUGGUCGUCACUGUAAGGCAUAGGCCUCCCUUCUUUCUAUCUUUUUAUCUCAAUAUAAAAUAUUUAAAAAAAUACACAUACAUACAUUUGCAAUACAAAAAUGACUAUACGAAACCCGUCCUGCGAUCCGCGAAAGCUAAAUAAAAUGAUUAAGAAUUAAAGAAAACAGGACUUCGCGACACGAAAGAAUACAGUCUACAUUCCCGAAGGUAGCAUAUUCAAUGUAAACGGAUGAAGUAAUAGAUAUAUGACAGUAUUGGAGCCAGAGUGGUGACGAACAGAUCUCAGAAUGACCAGUAUAAUAUAUUAUUAUAAUUAAAAAAUAUAUAAUAUUAUAGUGUGCUAAUAUUUUAUAAUUUUAACUGUGCAUAAUGUAAUAUUAGUUACAUUUAGUUAUAACAUAUAAAAUAAAUAUGAGUUAGUCUGUACGAAUUUAUAAUUUAAAUAUAAAGUAUGUAACUAUUAAUCUAUUUAAUAUGAAGUCACACUUAUAUACGUAAAUAUUGCUUUUUUAGGAAAUCGUAUAUCGGCCUAUGGAUAUAUUAUACUUAUAUGUUAUAGGGCACGCGCGGGCGCACCCUGCUGUACCACUGCUUCAGGGAAUAAUAUUACUUGUGGUAUUAUUGAAGUAUUACCAGUUGUAAUAAUUAUGUUAUUUUAAGGAUUUGAAUUAAAGUACAGUAUAAAAAUAUUAUUAUAUUCAGUAAUAAGUGUUUCUUAAGUUACGCACGUUGGAAGCAGUAGUACAGCGGGGCGCGGCCUCGCGUGCGCGCUGUUAGGUUCGGCUUGCCUAAGUAACGAUUAUUUCUAGUUUAUUUUUAUAAGGUGCAAAUACGUAUUUUUGUGCCAUAGUAGCGUGGGUCGAAGGAUGGCAUUGAACACUUAGAAUUAUAUAUAAAAAUAAAAGAAAAAAUAAAACUGUCCCAUAUCUUAUUAAAAAAUGUGUUCAAAAAAAGUUUUUUAGAAGUUGUACCUACAUACACGAGUAACAUUAGUAUGUGUAUAUAGUAGUAAUUAUUUUAAUAUUAACUGAGAACACUUGGGAUGUUAUGUAUUGUAACAUUUUUACCCGUUUAUAUUGAUAGUGCGAGCCACGAAUUUUUAUAUGUAAGCUCACAUAUUUGUAGGUUUAAGUGAAUCGUUCAUUUAUAUUGAAGCUUGGAUGGGCGCGAGUGUCCCGGUGAAAUAUGUGAGCAUUAUGUAUCGAGUCGCGGGCGGACCGCACUCCUGGCGCGCCACGCAUGUACCAGACUACAUGUACUACCGUACCGACAUACUAAUCGAAGCGUAAAGUUAUAAAGUUUGCUUUGAGUAAAAUAUACAACUGAAUUUGUUUUUCUACAGCGACGUAAGAGUGUGGUCCAACCGAGUAUGAUUCAUUGUCCUUGUGGUUGAUUGUGGUUAUAUACCUUAUACCUAUGUAAUUAAUGUUCAGAUUCGUUUACAAAAAUAUUGAGUAAUAAUAACAUUGGUUGAACAUUCCUUUGCCAUCGACAAGUAUAAUUAAAAGAUGUUGUAAUUUUAUUUAUAUGAGAAUAUGUUAAAUCUUUUGUGUGCUAACUAAACUUUAUGAGGUUAUUGCUAUCAUUUUUCAUAGGGCAAAAAGAAGAGAUGAAUAAAGUAAAUCAGUGUUUAAAAUAUAUCUUUUAGAAAAAUAUAGCAAUAAUCUAAUUUUAUUUAGUGCGCAAGAUAAUUUAACGCUUUGGUACAGUUUUUGUACAUACAUAGGUUUCGCUACUUUUGUAUUUAUUUAGAUUUACGAUGAUUUAAAUUAUUUACUUAAGUACAUAUUUGUUUACUUUUUUAUACCAAGUUGUAGCGGAACCAACAGUUAUUGUUCAAUAACUGACAAUAAAAUCGUAUUUAUAUGCUAUUUUUUAUUUAAAAGCAUUGUACUUUAAGUUUAUGGUAUUCCUGAACUUGAGUUGGGAAUAAUGUUUAUGGAAAUAUAUAGGUCUACUCUGGGACACGGGUGUUAAACAAAAACACUAUCAAAUACGUAAAGGUUAUGUUUUCAGAGAAGCUAUAUAAAUGCAAAUUACUUAUAACUAUUUGUUAUCGAUGCAUACACCCGUGUCCCUGAGUAGCAAACGGUAGGUUAGAAAGUGUCCUGUCCCUACUUUGUUGUAAGAAUUAAGUUGAUAGAAUAUUAUAUUGUUAAUACGCAGUACAGAUAACAAAUAGUUAGUUUUAUACUGUGUCCUAGGACAACAAACGUCGGUUCUCUAGGGGCCUUAUACAUGAACAGUUUUAUACAAUCUGUCGGACACUUUCACUCAAAUAAGGUACAGAAUUUUUAAAGUUUUAUUUUUUUACGCAUAAUUUGAUACAGACAUAAUAAUCUUACAUACAGAGGUGCAUAGAUUUAUUUGCCAUUAGUUGCCAUUUUAUAUUGUUUGAUAGUAUUUAUUGUUUUCUGUGAUAAAAAAAGAAAAUCCUUUUAUUUUUCGAAGAUGACAAAAUGACGUACUUUGUAUUAUUUUUUUAUUAAAUAUAGGUCCUUCAAAUGUGUCGUCGCAAAUAAUAUAUAUGUAUAAAUAAAGGUUUAAUAUACAGAUAGUUGAUUUGCAAGUUGUAUGUACGUAAGUGUAAGAUAGACGAUACAUUUGAAGUAACUAUUGUAAUGGUACUUUUGUAACGAUUAACAACAUUAAUUUUAUAAUAACACAGAGCUGGUGCAAGUCGAGGGGACUGUACUAUCGUAAGGACUGAUUGAGGCAUUGUCACGGGUACUACACGUAGCGUACGAGCAGCUUGGUUUCAUAAAUAAGAUUCCACACUUCAUACAUAAACAAAAAAGAAUGUAAUUAAAUUAAUGGAGAAGUUUCUUUUUUGUAAUAUAAAUGUUCGACGGCCGUGGCAGUGUCCGACUGCACCGCUCACAAUAAGUAUUUUACGUUAUUUCGGUUACUCACUCCGCCUAUAAAUGAUAUUAACGCGGCGAUAUGAAAAUUAACUAUUUUAUUGUAAUCACGUUAGCCGUUAAUUUAAGAGUAGGAUGUUCUACCUCUAAACAAAUCAUAGUUGAUGUACAAUAUUAUAAACUUUUAACAGAA